GACCAGCGCAUCCAGCCACGCUCCCUUCCUCUACUUUCUUCGCUGACCCCUAUUUCGCGGUAGUCGUCCUGGUCUGAUCUAUACAGUCGUUUUUCGGUCCAUGGGAGGCUGGUACAACUCGAUUUGAUCCCCAACAGUUUCCUCACAACACUGCGAAGCCCAAACCCCUCAUCAUGCCCACUAUUUCGGUCGACAAGGCCGCCCUCUUCGAGGCGCUCGGACGGGAGUAUACCACUGAGGAAUUCGAUGAGCUUUGCUUCGAGUUCGGUGUCGAACUUGACGAAGACACUACGAACCAGGACCGCCCGAUCGUGAAUGGAAAGCAAGAGCCCCCUCAACUCAAGAUCGAGAUCCCCGCCAACCGUUAUGACAUGCUGUGCUUUGAGGGCAUUGCCCUCAUGCUCAACAUCUUCUUGGGCCGCCAGCCGGUUCCCAACUACAAAUUGGUUGAGCCUGCUAGUGGACAGCUCGAGACGAUCAUCGUCAAGGAGGAUACCAUGAAGGUCCGUCCUUUGGUGUCCGGUGCCAUCCUCCGCAACGUCAAGUUCGACCAAGCGCGCUAUGAAUCCUUCAUUGCCCUGCAAGAUAAGCUCCACCAGAACCUGGCGCGUCAAAGAACUCUCGUGUCCAUCGGCACCCACGAUCUCGACACUAUCCAGGGACCUUUCACCUACGAGGCGCUCCCCCCUAAGGACAUCAAGUUCACCCCUCUUAACCAAACCAAGGAGAUGAAUGGUGAGGAGUUGAUGAACUUCUACGAGAAGGACAAGCACCUCGGCAAGUACCUGCACAUUAUCCGGGACCACCCCGUCUACCCCGUUAUUUACGACUCGAAGAGAACCGUCUGCUCUCUGCCCCCCAUCAUCAACAGCGAUCACUCGAAGAUCACCCUUGACACCAAGAAUGUCUUCAUCGAGAUUACCGCGCUCGAUAAGACGAAAGUGGAGAUUGUCAACCGUAUGAUGGUGACCAUGUUCUCUCAGUACUGUACUGAGCCUUUCACCAUCGAGCCUAUCAAGAUCGUUUCCGAGCACAACAACGAAACCCGAGUCGUUCCGGACAUCAGCCCCCGCAAGGCCGAGGCUGAGGUCUCCUACAUUAACCAGUGCUGCGGUCUAGAACUCAAGCCUGAGGAGAUCUGCACGCUCCUGAAGAAGAUGGCCUACGAUGCUAAGCCCUCGACGACGAAUCCCGACAUCCUCGACGUCUAUAUUCCCGCCACCCGAGCGGAUGUGCUCCACCAGGCCGAUAUCAUGGAGGAUGUGGCCAUCGCCUACGGCUUCAACUCCCUGCCCCGAUCCUUCCCCAGCAAGUCCGGCACCAUCGCCCAGCCCCUCCCCAUCAACAAGCUCACCGACAUUGUGCGCGUGGAAGCCGCUAUGGCCGGCUGGUCCGAGGUGCUGCCGCUUAUCCUGUGUUCGCACGACGAGAACUUCGGCUGGCUCAACCGCAAGGACGAUGGCAACACGGCGGUCAAGCUGGCCAACCCCAAGACUCAGGAGUUCCAGGUUGUGCGCACCAGCCUGCUGCCCGGUCUCCUGAAGACCAUCCGCGAGAACAAGCACCACGCCGUCCCCAUCAAGAUCUUCGAGGUCAGCGACGUCGCUUUCAAGGAUCUCUCCCUGGAGCGCAAGAGCCGCAACGAGCGCCACUUCGCCGCCGCCUGGUACGGCAAGACUAGCGGUUUUGAGGUCGUCCACGGUCUUCUGGACCGCGUCAUGGCCAUGCUGAAGAGCGCCUUCAUCACCGGCGAGGAGGGACUCGACAACUCCGCCAUGUCUGAUUCGCAGUACUGGAUUGAGGAGCUUGAUGAACCCACAUACUUCCCUGGCCACGCCGCCUCCGUCCACGUGCGCAUAGCCGGCAAGGAGCUCGUCAUCGGUUCCUUCGGUAUCCUGCACCCCACUGUCCUGGAGAACUACGACCUUAAGUACCCCGUCAGCACACUGGAGCUGAACAUUGAGGCUUUCCUAUAAUUGAUUGAUGACCCCAGGCUGAGAGAAGACGUAGACAUGAGGGAUUAGAUCUACUUUUCUACACAUAGGGAUCAAAAGACAGCUGAGACUCAUGAAAUAAGAUGUCAUUUUUAGAACGAAUAAAAAAAGGGCAAAAAGGGC